GCGUCUUUUGCGCGAAAAAGGCUAGUGCGUGAUGUCGCGAAAGAGUACAACAUGAGCAAUGACGAACAAUUGGUGAAGGCUGUGAAGAAGUACCUGAGUGAGACGGUGAGCAGGUGCGAGAAGGACCCGGCUUUCUUCAAGGAAACAAAUCUGGCCACGUACGCCGUUGGAAUGAUCAAGUCCAUCGAAUCAUUGGAAAGCUUCGUUUCUGGGGCAAGGAUUCUGGACGUCCUCUUGAACUACGCCCUCACCGUAAAGGACAAGCGACCGCGCAGACUCACGGAAGAGAAGCAGAAGGCGCUCACAACAGACCUCAUAGGUUUGGCGUCCACCAGCCAUGUAGUCAAGAAAUUGCUGCAGGCGAUGGAUUCCACAAGCCCACACGGCGUGGCAAUGAGGGGGAUUGCCGCCAACAUAUUGGCGAACAUUGCCGGCAGGACUCCUCUGAUGCAAUUCCCACAAGUGAUCCAGAGCGUAGGCUCGCUGAUCGACAUCUCUCAGCAGCAACUUGAAGGGGAAUGUGCCGUCGCCAAGCUCCAAAGUGGACUACAGGAAGCUGAAAACUACAGGAAGCUGCUUAUGGAGAAAGGCUUCGAUAUCCUUCACAAGCUCGCCGCCGACAAAGAAAACUGCAGAGCCAUAAGCAACUCCCAGGGCCUACGGUCCAAGGCUGUGGCGCCUGUACGCUCCGACCUGCUACAUCUCAUGGACCAUGAGGCAUGGUCGACCACCAUCGUAGACAAGUCGCUGCAAGUCAUGGCCAGCCUCGUGGCUUCUCCGGGAGAGACUGGUGCCCAGCUGCGUAACCAAAUCUCAAGUGACAAGGAAGUGAUCCAUGGCAUGGAGAGGAUCCUAAGAUGCUGUGGAUGCAGUGAACAUGUUCGCAUAUUAAGCAUUGAGAUUCUCACGCACCUGGCCAUGGAUGAGGAGGAGUCACUGCGUGUCAACAAGGAAAGCAGAGAAAAUUUUAUCAGGAUGCUCCCUUCCAUCCUCACUGAUGACGCCAAAGAAUGCUCCAUUAGAGAAUUGGCGGGUGAAGCACUGGUGAUGCUAAGUCAAAGUAAAAGCGACGCUGCCAUCAUCUUGAAGGCCAACGAUCAUGUUGUCCGUGAUCUCACUAAAAUCCUUUGAGACGUUGCAGCCAGCAACACAAAUCGAAUUAGUGCAGCAGAAACACUGAAUCAUCUCUACUUUCAUUACAAAGAGAAUGCGGCCUAUCUCAAGACACUCAAGGAACCCAUGGAGGACGUGAUACCAAAGGUUCUUCGAGAAAUACUACCUCUUGUGUUGAAAGGAAAUGAGACACAAGCAGAAAACGGAAGCCCAAGUUUUCCUUUGCUAGGUCCCACUGACAUUGAAGCCCAAGUUCGUGCUCUUCAAGAUGACGGCCGUACAAACAACACUUCAACUUGUCAGCAAAAUGAUGAGAAGAAAUUGCUCGCAGCUUUACUAUCUCUCACUGCGGCAAUAUUUGACAAAUUGAUCAGCCAACAUCCUAAUUUGUUUGAACUGGUUGAUAAAAUUUCCCCUGGAGAUUCUGCAACAAGCUUUGCCAACAAGCUCAACGGAAUUGGUGCGGGAAAACAGUGAACCCAUGGCAGGUUGCCUGAGCAUAGUGAAGAAUGCCAGCAAGAUGGCCAUAUCAAUGCUGAACCACAAUGACAGCUACCUCAAAGAACACUUCUUGAUGAUCUUCAUACAAUCUUUGGCUGAUGCUUGCAAGAGCAUGUCAUGUCUCGAGAGUUCUAUGAUUUUAUAUAGUGCCAAUGGUGGCGCAGUGAAGCCUCACAAGACACUCGCUUCUCUACUGAAAGAAGCACAGGAACUUGCAGGCUCAAAGGAGCAACAAGAGCUGUGAACUACAUGAGCUAUGUUUGUCCCUGGAGGCUGGCCGAUUGGUUAGAAUAAUUUCGUGGAUCGGAUGAAAAAUAAAGUUGGCAGAACCAACUGCGGUAUGUAUGUGUGUCUGGGUUGGAAGGAACUGCUAUUGUGCUUAGUACGUAUGUGUGUCUGGGUUGGAAGGAACUGCUAUUGUUCUUAGUACGUAUGUGUGUCUGGGUUGGAAGGAACUGCUAUUGUUCUUAGUACGUAUGUGUGCCUGGGUUGG